AUGGCGGAUAGCAGCAACAGCCCGUCGACCUCGGUGUCCGACGAGAGCUCCGAGGCGGAGGCGCAGUGCUGCUCGUCGUCGUCCACGGCGCCGAGCCUGCACGACACGGUGGACUUCAGCCGCACCGCCUCGGACGUGUCCACCUUCUCGGACCGCAGCGUUGACCACAGCGGGCCCUUCGGGACGGCCGCCGUGUCCAAGCUCAUCGGCGGCCGCGGCUCCCCCGCCGCCGCGCUCAGCCGGCUCAGCAUGAAGCCCCGCGCCGACGUGCUCGACCGCCGCUCCGCCGAGGACGAGCUGGACCUGGUCAAGGAGCGGUUCUCCAAGCUGCUGCUGGGCGAGGACAUGUCCGGCGGCGGCAAGGGCGUCUGCACCGCCGUCGCCAUCUCCAACGCCAUCACCAACCUCUACGCCACGGUCUUCGGGAACUGCCACAAGCUGGAGCCGCUGCCGGCGGGGAAGAAGGCCAUGUGGAGGAGGGAGAUGGACUGCCUCCUCGCCGUCUGCGACUACAUCGUCGAGUUCUACCCCUCCACGCAGCCGCUCUCCGACGGCACCCGCGUCGAGGUCAUGGCCACCAGGCCAAGAUCCGACAUCUACAUCAACCUCCCCGCCCUCGAGAAGCUCGACGCCAUGCUCAUCGAGAUCAUGGACAGCUUCCAGAAGGCGGAGUUCUGGUACGCGGACGCCGGGACGAGGUCGUUCGGGUCGGUGACCUCGUCGUCCUCGCCGUCGUCGUCGUUCCGGCGGUCUACGACGACGGCCCACCGGAACGAGGACAAGUGGUGGGUGCCGGUGCCGUGCGUCCCGGAGGGCGGGCUGUCCGUGAAGGCGCGCAAGGAGCUCCGGCAGAGGCGCGACUGCGCGAACCAGAUCCACAAGGCGGCCGUGGCCAUCAACAGCGGCGUGCUGAGCGACAUGGAGGUGCCGGAGUCGUUCAUGGCGCUGCUCCCGAAGAGCGGCAAGGCGAGCGUGGGGGACGCGGUGUACCGCGCCAUGCACAGCUCCGACAAGUUCUCGCCGGACUACCUCCUGGACUGCGUGGACGUGUCGUCGGAGCACGAGGCGCUGGCGCUGGCCGACCGGGUGGAGGCGGCCAUGUACGUGUGGCGGCGCAAGGCGACGGCGAGCCACGGCGUCGGGAGGUCGGCGCAGUGGAGCCGGGUCAAGGAGCUCGCCGCGGCCGCCGACGACGGCGGCGAGGGCGGCAAGAACGUGGCGCUGGCCGGCAGGGCCGAGAGCCUCCUCCUCUGCAUCAAGCACCGCUUCCCCGGCCUCUCCCAGACCACCCUCGACACCAGCAAGAUCCAGUUCAACAAGAUGUUGGGCAGGCGAUCCUGGAGAGCUACUCGAGGGUGCUGGAGAGCCUGGCGUUCAACAUCGUGUCGUGGACGGACGAGGUUCUUUUUGCCGACAAGGCUGCCAGGAAAUGAACAGUGA